GUUAAUUCUGUCCACGAUCCGGCAACUCCAGGGCGACGUCUUAAACCGAAUUUGUCAGGCUAUUAAUUGAAUUAAUUGGUGUUCCUGCAGCCAUAGAGCAAUGAUAUGCCGCCUAUGCCUGGACGAUGCGGAGCACAGUGUUCCGAUCUUCGACCAGGAGGACACCACUGAUCAGCCAGUGCCCUCCAAUCUGGCGGAACUUAUUGAGAAGCACCUGCAGUUGGUGCUCCUGCCCAAUGAUGCGGUGUCCAAGUGCCUGUGUACCCAGUGCUGGCAGCAAUUGGCCGACUUUGAGCAAUUCUGUGCCAUGGUAAUGAAGAAGCAGCUGGGUCUUCAACAGCUGAAAAUCGAACCAUUCUCCGAGGACGAGGAUGCGGACACUAAAGCGCAGAUUCUGUGUGAGCCGGAGAUCGAUGUCAGUCCUGCGGCGGCGGACAACGAAGAGUGCAACGAGAUCGACGGGGAUGCCAGCAGCAGCAGGAGCAGUAGUAUCCAGACAACUAACCGGCGAGGGAUGCGCCUGCCCUCGCCCAUUAGACGGAGCAUGCGACCCCGGUCAGCCUCAACUUCCAAAAGCCGCGUUGUUAAGGCGAAGGCCAAGACGAAGCGCCACCAGGAGGAGGUAGACGAGGAUGAGGAUAUCGAAGGCGACCCGGAGAGCCGGAGCAGCAAUAGCCGCGAAAUGGACAGCUACAUUGCUCUGCACGGGCGUUUAGAGUGCUGCAUGUGCGGUGGCGACGAUCAGUUUCAGAAUUUCGCCGAAAUGAAGCGUCAUUUCCGGAAUCAGCAUCAGUCCGCCGGAUAUGUGGUUUGCUGCCAGAGGCGCUACAAGAAGCGCGCCCUCUACGUGGACCACCUCCGCAUGCACAACGAUCCGGAUUACUUUAGGUGCAAGAUCUGCUCGAAACAGUUGGUCAGCAGGAUAAGCUACGAUGUACACAUGUUGCGCUUCCACUCCAAUGAGGACGAGCUGAGCUUUGCCUGCGAUCAGUGUUCCAAGAGAUUUUCCAAGCAAUUCCUGCUCACAAUUCACUCGAGGGUACACCAACAGGAGCGAAAAGAGCAAUGCAAGCACUGCGACAGAUCCUUCCGCACUGCUGUUGACCUGCGACUGCACAUGCGACGCACCCAUGACCCUGCCUUUGUGCCCUUUAUAUGCGACUCGUGUGGCGCCAAGUUCAAGACGAAACAGAACCUGUUGGUGCAUAAGCGCACCGUGCACCGCGAGGGCUCCCAGCUGCCGGAAGUACAGUGUCAGGAGUGCCAGGUGUGGCUGUCCGAUGAAAAUAGUUUGCGCAAGCACAUGUAUAUGCACUUGGAUGCCGCCUCGCUGCGGCAGUGGAAGUGCGAGCAGUGUGGUCUGGAAAAGGGCUCGAGGGCGAAGCUGGCAGCGCACAUACGCUACCACCAUCCGAAGGAGUACCACAAGUGCACGCACUGCGGCAAGGAGUUCAAAAGCAGCCGAGGUCUCGAAGAACACACGGCCACGCACACCGGCCAGGAUCUCUACGAAUGCGCCUUCUGCGAACGCACUUUCAAAAACUCGGGCAACAUGCACAAGCACCGUCGUCAGAUGCACGCAGCCCAGGUGGCUGCCCUGCAGCAGCAGAAGAAGGUGCGGCCCAGUAAGCGCAAAGACAAGGGCGACCUGCUACUUGACGUCUUGGCCGCCGGAGGUAAGGAACUGAACCACUCCUUGGGACUGGGCGAUAUGAAUGACUGAUUGAUUCUAAAAAACCAAAUAAACACAUUGGAUUGAUAUCAAAGGUGGUGUCUAUUUAUUUUGAUUUAACUUUUGCAAUAGAUUAAUACUUUGAAAUGUAAAUAUAAAAACAAAUUUUAUUGAAG